AUGGCCACAUUAAUGGCGAUAUCGAAGGCGACACCGAAGACAAAUAUUGCAAGAGCUAUAAGCGGCGGUAAAGAAGAAGAAGAUGGCCAGGGUAAAGAGGAGGAUCAAGAAAAACAUGAGGAACCGAAGGAACAGGAGUCUGCUGCAAGCGAGGAAUUGAAUGAUAAGCUGGAAAACCACGAAGAAAAUGUCGCAGAGAGUAAUGAUGUGGAACAGAAGGAGGAGGAGCAGCCUGCCACAGAGAGUGAGCCAGAAGUUAACGAAAAGACUGAAGAGGCGGAGCCAGAGAUGGAAGCAGAACAGGAUGUGCCAGAGGCGGCAGUUGAAGAGGAAAAGAUCACCAAUUUGGAGGAGCCAGUGGAACCAGUGGCUGAGGAGAAGGAGAUACAGGAUCAGGAUAAUGUAGAGAAUGAUGAGAACGAUGACGAUGAUGAGGUACACUUUGGCGUGCUCUAG